AUGGCAGCGGUGUCAACUACCGUGCACAUACAGGACACAAGAAUAAAGAUUCAGGAUCACAGCGAUGAGGAACAUGAGCCCUAUUCUCCAAACACCAGGGACACUAUCAGCCCUGAAUAUCAAGAAGAAGACAAGCCUGAAGAGAGAUCUCUACACACGUCAUCUUUUUCUAUACAUAACGUUUUGAAGAAAGAACGAGAUGCAAGUAGUCCCGAAAACGUAUUCUCAACCGAUAAGUUAUUGCAAAAUACCCCAAAUUUCGAUGAUAGUCAAAAUUCAAGAACGUCAGAGAGCGUCAGCCCGAGGCUUGACGAUGAAGAUAAUCAAGCCAAUGAUUAUAGGGCAGAAAUAAGUGUAGAUGAUGAAAACUCCUGUUGUAGUGAUGAUACUGUUCUAUCAGUUGGAAAUGAGGCUCCUGUAUCUAAUUUUCAGGAUAGCGAAAAGAAUGGUUCAGAAGCCGCACCAGCUCUAUCCUCCUUUAAGCAUAUUCAGACGCAUUUGAAUGCGAUCUCGCAACUAAGUCAGAAUCUUAAUGUGAAUCAACCCUUACUCCUACGGCCCAGUCCGAUCACACCAAAUCCUUUAAUGUUCCUAAAUCAACCGUUGUUGUUCCAAAACCCGCUAAAUCAAGUGGAGCUGAAAUCUGGAGUUAUGCCGAGUCGGUUGCCAAUUCCGCAAAAUAAUUUAAAUCUUAACCCACAGCAUUUUGGAUUAAAUUUCGGCAUGAGAAUGAAAAACCAGCCACAGGAGCAGCGACACAGUAGAAGCGACGAAAACAGACGAGUUAAUUACCUUACACCAAAAUCUCCUGACAACGAGUCGGAAAGGGAUUUCAUAAAUCAAAAUUGCUUAAAAUUUAGUAUAGAUAACAUUUUGAAAGCAGAUUUUGGGAGGCGAAUUACAGAUCCGCUCACUAAGAGAAAGAAUUUAAGGACGAAAUCAUUUGAGGCUAAAGCUCCAGUGAAAGAGGUCCCAUUGCCGUCUAAGCCAGAUGUGCUUGAGGCUAGAGUGCCGGAAGUCAAGUCUGGUGAUAAAAGUGCUAUUGAUCUUUCUAAAAGCGACGACGGUUCGAGUAACCAAAGUAGUACUACAAUUGGUGAGAACGGACCGAUGGUGUGGCCGGCGUGGGUGUAUUGUACGCGGUACAGUGAUCGACCGAGUUCGGGUCCGCGCACCAGAAGACCGAAGAAGCCACCCGGGGAAGGAACCACGACUGAUGAGAAGCGACCCAGGACCGCGUUCUCUGGCCCCCAGCUUGCUAGGCUAAAGCACGAAUUUGCUGAGAACCGGUACCUGACGGAAAGAAGGCGACAAGCUCUAGCAGCCGAACUGGGGCUUGCGGAGGCCCAGAUUAAAAUCUGGUUCCAGAACAAACGCGCCAAAAUCAAGAAGGCUUCCGGGCAGCGGAACCCACUCGCCCUACAACUCAUGGCACAGGGACUCUACAACCACAGCACCGUUCCUCUGACGAAAGAAGAAGAGGAAUUAGAGAUGAAAGCUAGAGAAAGAGAAAGAGAACAGCAGAAUCGGCAUUGA